ACGUCUGUACCGCUGCCGCUGGCUCGAUUAAAACAUUUGAACCACCUCUCGUUGUGGCAGCCCGAACCGAGUUUUCUAUGUAGCGAUCAGCCCGCCCGGACCACCCAGCUAGCCUGUCGAGGUCUGAGACCCGAGUCUAACAUGGACUGGCCAGGGAGCAAACAGGCUCUACUGUGCUGCAUUUUAGCCUUGCUUUCCUGCGCUGGUCCCCAGCAAAAGGGGUUUUGCAGUGCCAGCACGGUCGCCCUUCCUGAAAGCUUGCUCUUUGUGUCCACGCUGGAUGGAAACCUGCAUGCUGUUAGCAAGAAAUCCGGCUCCAUUAAAUGGACUCUGAAAGAAGAUCCAGUUCUUCAGGUCCCCACUCAUGUAGCCGAACCAGCGUUUCUGCCGGACCCCAACGAUGGCAGUCUAUACUCUCUGGGUGGAAAGAACAACGAAGGCCUCACAAAAUUACCUUUCACCAUCCCAGAGUUGGUCCAGGCCUCACCAUGUCGCAGCUCUGAUGGAAUCCUUUACAUGGGUAAAAAGCAGGACCUGUGGUAUGUGGUGGAUUUGCUAACAGGUGAAAAACAGCAGACUUUGACGUCCUCGUUCGCUGAGAUGCUCUGUCCGUCCUCAUCCCUUCUCUAUCUGGGACGCACGGAGUAUACCAUCACCAUGUACGACACCAAGAACAGAGAGCUUCGCUGGAAUGCCACCUAUUCCGACUAUGCCUCCACCCUCCCUGACGAUGACCUCAAAUACAAAAUGGCUCAUUUUGUGUCCAACGGCGAUGGCCUCGUGGUGACUGUGGACAGCGAGACGGGAGACGUUCACUGGAUGCAGAACUACAAUUCCCCGGUGGUGGCGAUGUACAUCUGGCAGCGCGAGGGUCUUCGUAAAGUUCCCCACACUAACUUGGCCGUGGAGACGCUGCGGUACCUCACUUUCAUGUCCGGAGAGGUUGGAAGGAUAACUCGGUGGAAAUAUCCGUUUCCAAAGGAGAAGAAGCCCAAAAAUAAAUUCAUGGCCACUUUAUAUGUGGGGAAAUACUCUACAAGCCUGUACGCAUCGCCCUCUCUGGUACAUGAUGGAGUCACAGUGGUGCCUCGUGGAAGCACCUUCCCCCUGUUGGAGGGCCCCGAUAGCCAGGAGACGGAGGAGGAUAAGGAGUGUGUCAUCACACCCAGCACAAGUGUGAAGUUCAACGCUGGCCUCCGAGAGCGAAACCGGAUCAACUUUAUGAGGAACUAUCUGCUUCUCAUCGGUCAUCAUGAAACACCCCCCGAGGCUCACACCAAGAUUCUGGAAACGUUCCCGGAAAACUUCCCUCGUAACAAAGGCAACGUCAUCCCACCUACUAUGGACAAAAAAGGAGAGGAGAAGGUCAAUGACAGCGGCAUGGACGAUGGGCAACCUUCAACCUCCAUCCGGGAACCGGGAACCAGCGGCCACACGGUGCGCUCGGAGGCCCCCGUGGACUCCAUGCUCAAAGACAUGGCCACCAUCAUCUUCUCCACUUUCCUGCUGGCCGGCUGGGUGGCUUUUGUUAUCAUCUAUCCCAAGAGUGUCCACAAGCAGCAGCAGCUUCAGCACCAGGAGUUCCAGAGACAGAUGGAGGAGAGGCUGGAGUUGCUCCAGAGGCAGCAGCCCUUCUCCCCUGCAGAAGUGGGCUUAGGUUUGGCUUCAGAUAGCGAUUUCUUGGAGGUGAUUCGCACUCGCUCGGACUGCUCAGACCACAGCACCCCUAACGUCACCCCCCGUGCCUCCAACCACUCCAACUUGUCUGUGUCUGAGGUGGGGAGCUCUACUUAUGAACACGAAGAUGGAGAGGAAGACUUCACAACGGUCAGAGUUGGCAACAUAACCUUCCAUCCCAAACAGGUCCUGGGCCAUGGUGCUGAGGGGACUAUUGUUUACAAGGGGCAGUUUGACAACCGUCCAGUGGCAAUAAAGAGAAUCCUCCCAGAGUGCUUCAGCUUUGCAGACCGAGAAGUGCAGCUGCUCCGAGAAUCUGACGAGCAUCCAAAUGUUAUCCGUUACUUCUGCACCGAGCGGGAUCGUCAGUUCCAGUACAUUGCCAUAGAGCUGUGUGCUGCCAUUCUUCAGGAGUAUGUAGAGAAAAAGGAUUUCCACCGUCAUGGACUUGAGCCAGUCGUGCUUCUGCAGCAGACCAUGUCAGGAUUAGCCCAUCUGCACUCUCUCAAAAUAGUCCACCGUGACCUGAAGCCCCACAACAUUCUGGUGUCCAUGCCGAACGCACACGGCCGAGUCCGGGCAAUGAUUUCAGACUUCGGUUUGUGUAAGAAGCUGGCGGUGGGACGUCACAGCUUCAGUAGGAGGUCUGGGGUUCCAGGGACCGAGGGUUGGAUUGCUCCAGAGGUUCUCAGUGAGGACUUCAAGGACAACCCGACCUACGCGGUGGAUAUCUUCUCUGCCGGUUGUGUCUUCUACUACGUGGUGUCUCAGGGAAGUCACCCCUUUGGCAAGUCUCUACAGAGGCAAGCCAACAUCCUGCUGGGUGGAUACAGCCUUGACUCUCUGCAAAGUGACAAACACGGUAACCUUGUUGCCAGAGAUCUCAUAGAACAGAUGUUGAGCAUGGAUCCCCAGAAAAGACCUUCAGCUGAAAGUGUCCUCAAACAUCCUUUCUUCUGGACUCUGGAGAAGGAGUUGCAGUUCUUCCAGGAUGUGAGUGACAGAAUAGAAAAGGAACCGCUGGACGGACCAAUCAUGAGGCAGCUGGAGAGAGGAGGGAGGGCCGUUGUCAAGGGCGACUGGAGAGAGCACAUCACAGUGCCAUUGCAGACAGGUUUGAUUGUUCUCCCUCUGAUAGAUCUGCGGAAAUUUCGCUCCUAUAAGGGUGGAUCAGUCCGGGACCUUCUGCGUGCAAUGAGAAACAAGAAACAUCAUUACCGGGAGUUGCCUGCUGAGGUGCAGGAGACCCUCGGCUCCAUCCCUGACGACUUUGUCUCAUACUUCACGUCCCGCUUUCCUCACCUGCUGAUGCACACCUAUUUGGCCAUGAGGACCUGUGCGCCUGAGAGGCCUUUCCUGCCUUACUACCCCACUGCAGAGCAGUUGCAAAAAACACAGACCCAGGGGUUGCAGAGACUCUCUGAGCCAUGCAUUCAACCCCUGCCAAAUCUUGCAUCACUACCAACCUUACAACCACAGGAGGUGUCACAAAUGUCACAGUCUGUGCAGUCGGUGCCCUCAUCCAGAGAGCAACCAGCACCUUCAGACUUUUCCAUUCACACGGAUCACCCACAAGUUGUCGGACUCCCCACAGCGCCUGACUUCCUCUGUGAAAACAUAUCACAAUGUCUUACGGUUCCUCUCAGGCCUGACAUACUCACUACCCUGGACAACAAAACCAGUGCCGACUGAGCCGAAGCUGAGGUGGACCCACAACAGAUAUGGGAGCUUUAUCUUAAACAGUGAAGAACAUUCAAGGGUUUGCUGCUGUGCCACUGUGAGGACCAGGCCUGCAGUGCCUGGAAUCACCUCCAAGUGCAGCAGCUGGACCGCAAACAAAAGUGCCUUCUGCUGCUCUGGAUUCAGGUUGGUCCAUUUAUCGCCUCUGCUCAGACGUCCAGCUGUCUACAAUGUGUUGUUGAAUAUUUUGUAACUGGACUGAGCAAAGUAAAUGGCUUUUUAAGUUUACUUUAUUACACAGUGCAAAAAAAUAUGUCCAAAAGCUCUCUGCUCAUUGUUGGGGGGAAUGUCUGCAAAUGUUGUUGAACAAUUGGGUAGUUUUAUUGUGCAAUGUUGUGUGUUUACUGCAGAUGCUGUAUGUGUAAUUUUGUACAGAAAGAUUGAAAGUUUGGGUCAUAAAUCUCUUAAUAUGGCCCGAGUGCCUUUUUUAUAUGUCUAAAACUCCAUCACUGUGCUGUGUGGGUACAGAUCAUUAAACAGACUAUGCUUCAUGUGCUUGAUUCCACUUAAUGCUGCUAGAAUCUAAUCUGUGUUGCAGACUCAGACUGUUCCAAAGUAUCUGAAUCCAGGAAAUGAGUUAAUUCUCAUCUUGAUGUUGAGAAGUAAAGCCAGAAAAUAUUAUUGUGUGACUUUUUUUUUUUUUUAGUGUCAUAGUGAUGUUGAUGACUUGCACAUAUUAAAUUCUUUAUUGUUUUCUACUCGUA